AUGACUGACUUCCUUGCGCGAGAGAGCGAGCUGUUGGGCGAGGAGUUCACUGGAACACCGACGGGUGGCUCCUACGCUACUGCCGGGGGGGAGAUUGACUUCGACCGCGCCGCCUCCGCCUUCCCCGACAUCUCGUUAGACGGUUCGGGCGACAUCCCAGCUGCCUCCGCUCCUCCUCCUGCCAAAACCUCCACCUUCUUGUUCGACGACUUCGCGAGUCCGCCCCGGGAGCGGGCGACGGAGGUAAAGGUGACGGGAGACGAGGAAAUCGAGAAGUUCGAGAGUGAGUUCCCGGACAUUGAAGUUCCUCAGUCGUUUCCACCUCCGAGAACUUUGCCUGCAUUCGGUCCUCCAACGACCUUUGCACCACAACCUCAACAGUCUGCUUUCUCCUCAACGCCUAUCCUGAGCCAUGCCGUGGACGAAGAAGAGCCGCAAGUUAUCAAGGACUGGCGAGAGAAACAGGCUGCCGAGAUUAAAGCCCGCGACGAAGCCUCGAAGGUGAAGCGCGAAGAGACCGUCGAAAAGGCGAACCGUGCUAUUGACCAGUUCUACGAGGAAUACGCUGCCAAGAAGGAGAGGAACAUCAGGGAGAACAAGGAACACGAGGAGGAGUUUCGUGCCGUGCUCUCCGACUCGUUGUCAAAUGGCACGACAUGGCAACGCAUCUGUGAUUUCAUAGAAUUGCAGAACUCGCAGAGCAAGACAAUUGCCAGGGCGGGCACUGGCACCACGGAUCUAUCGCGGUUCAAGGAGGUGCUCCUGCGACUCAAAAGAGAGGGCGACGCAGCACCUGGUGCAGCCGGUUAUUAG